AUGACCAACGCUGAGGUCUCGGCGUCUGUACCAACAUAUGAAGAUGGAGAUGAAUGGAAGUUGUCAUUGUCGAAGUCAACUGAAGAGGAAAGGCAAAGACAAAAAAAGCCUCGGAUCAUUCGUGCAAGUGGAAGAUUGACCACGACUUUGGAUAUUGACCAUGGCAUACUUGUUAUUAUUUUUACAGAGAUUCAGCGCCAGAUCCCAUUGAGCUCAAGUGCCAGUCGAAAAUAUGAUUUCAGAGUGGAUGUAGCAUACCACCAUAGGGCGAUCAUGCCAUCCAAGAUUCAGCGCCAGAUCCCAUUGAGCUCAAGUGCCAGUCGAAAAUAUGAUUUCAGAGUGGAUGUAGCAUACCACCAUAGGGCGAUCAUGCCAUCCAAGAGCCUGAUGGGACCCAAGCACACUAUUAGUUUCAGGACAGGGGCAAUUCUCUACCGAUGA